UUCCUCGCCGGCGCCACCGCGCAGCCACUUGCCCUCCCUGGGGAUGAUGGAUGGCUCAGCAGAUAUGUCCAGCGUUCUGGAAUGCUCUGAUAUUGGGUCACAGAAAGACAGAGUGGUGACUGAGGAGGAAUGGCUGCAAAAAUGGGAAACGGGUAACAUUGGGUUUCACAGGGAGCAUGGGCAUCCGCUCCUUCAGAAGUAUCUGGAUGUUCUCCUAAAUGGCAGGAGUGGACUGAAGAUAUUUUUCCCACUUUGUGGUAAAGCAGUAGAGAUGAAAUGGCUGGCGGACAUGGGACACAGUGUUGUUGGUGUGGAAGUCAGUGAGCAAGCUCUGAAGGAAUUUUUUACAGAACACAAUCUGCCUUAUUUUGAGGAACCAGUCCCAGAGAUUUCAGGAGCAAAAGUGUUGCAGAGUACCUCUGGGAACAUUUCUUUGUACUGCUGCAGUAUUUAUGAUUUGUCCAGCUCAAUAGUUGGCAAGUUUGAUGGGGUUUGGGACAGAGGAGCUCUGGUAGCUGUGAAUCCACGUGACAGACAACGCUAUGUCAGUUUGAUGAUUACCUUAAUGGAGAAAAAAUCUUCUUACCUCCUCGUUACAGUUUCCUAUGAUCCAAGCAAACACAAAGGCCCACCGUUUUACGUUCCUGAAUCUGAAAUUAAAAGCUUGUUUGGCAACCAUUGUGAAAUAAAGUGUCUUCAAAAAGUUGAUGACUUCUCAGAAAAACACAGACAGUGGGGACUAGAUUAUUUUCUGGAGGUGAUAUAUAUACUAAAGUUUGCAGCUUGA